CAAUACGGUUAAGUCUGCAGUUUUGAAAGCAUUUGAACUUGUGCCUGAGGCGUAUAGACAGCGUUUUCGUGGUUGGAAGCAUGGAGAAAAGUCUCAUUUAGAAUUUAUGUGGGAUUUAAGGACUCAUUUUGAUAGCUGGUGUUCCUCGGCGGGUGUGAAAACGUUUGAAGAGCUUCGAGAAUUGAUAAUUUUGGAGCAGUUCAAAAAUUCUGUGUCUGAUGCUAUUUCAGCUUAUAUUGGUGAACGUAAUGUUAAGACUGUGGCAGAGGCAGCUGCUCUGGCAGACGAUUAUUCCUGUGGUGUUACACCUGUGUUGUGUGCUACAUCUGUAAAGCAGAAGGUGGAAGGGUUUGUUGGUGUUAAACCUGGUUUGGAGUCAUACUUGCCUUUUAUUACAGAAGGUUUUGUGUCUUUGGUGGGCAGUAAAGAUAAGUUGCGUGUGAGAAUCUUACGUGACACUGGUGCCUUUGACUCCUUCAUUGUUGCUUCUACUUUGCCAUUUUCAGAUGUCACCUAUGUUGGUUCAAAUAUUCCUGUUCAGGAUAUGGGAAUGAAUGUUUUAAGUGUGCCACGACAUAAAAUAACGCUACUUUGUGAUCUCUUUCAGGGUGAAGUUUCUGUUGGUGUUCGUCCUGCAUUGCCUGUGGAUGGUGU